CACCCGCGGGCCGCGGCCGCACCAACCGCCAUGUACCGGCCGCCGAAUUCAAACAGCAGCAGGCCGCCCUCCUCGCCGUCUCAUUGGCUGUCCCCCGUGACGUCAGCAGAGCGCCGGCGCCAGCGGUAGAUCAACUCCAUAAUGUUGUCUCAAAAGCCAUGCCAAAUUUGCAAAUGUUUGUUUCUGCGUAACUUGAAACUGAAUGCUGUAAAUGUGGCUGGCUUGGCCAGAAGGAUCCAUUCUUCAUCAAAAAAGCUUUCUGACUCUGAGUCAAAGGAACAAACUGUCCAGAAAUGUGAAACUGAAGCGUUACCUGAAAAUACAGAAAACAGUAAAUUUGGAAGAUUGCACAUACCAGUGAUGCUGGAGGAGGUUGUUAAUUGUUUAUCCCCUCAGCCAGGUCAGCGGUUCCUCGAUAUGACGUUUGGAGCUGGAGGUCACACAAGAGCUCUUUUAGAGAAAGCCAGCGACAUCACCGUGUAUGCACUAGACAGGGAUCCCACAGCCUAUGAAAUAGCUCAGCAGCUUUCAAAAGCCUACCCGGAACAGAUUCAACCUCUUCUAGGACAGUUUAGCCAGUCAGAGUCUCUGUUAAUCUCAUCUGGGGUUCAGCCAGGGACUCUCGAUGGCAUUCUCCUGGAUGCUGGCUGUUCUUCUAUGCAAUUUGACACGCCUGAAAGAGGUUUUUCCCUGCAGAAGGAUGGACCUUUGGACAUGAGGAUGGAUAGUGACAGGUACCCUGACAUGCCCACUGCUGCUGAUGUUGUGAAUGCUUUAGAUCAACAGGCGCUUGCGUCCAUCCUGAGAACAUAUGGGGAGGAGAGGCACGCUAAGAAAAUCGCUUCAGCCAUCGUCCAGGCACGCAGCAUAUACCCCAUCACCAGAACUCAGCAGCUUGCAAGCAUUGUUGCAGGUGCUUUUCCAGCAUCAGCACUCUAUGCACGAAAGGACUUGCUUCAGAGACCUGCUCAUGUUGCUACCAAAACCUUUCAAGGCCUGCGAAUAUUUGUAAAUGAUGAGCUCCAUGAACUCUUCAUAGGACUGAAGACAGCUGAGAAGUUUCUAAAACCUGGAGGUCGUCUUGUAGCCCUCUCCUUUCAUUCACUAGAAGAUCGUAUUAUCAAACGUUUUCUUCAUGGAAUUGACAUGACAGAAAAGUACAAUCUUGGCUCAAAGCAGAAGAUAAGACAGGCUCUGAAAAAAUCCUCCAAAGGAGAAGAUACACAAGAAUCUCCCUGUGGAAAAUCCAACACAAAGUGGAUUUUUAUACAGAAAAAAGUUCUCACACCCCAGGCCAAGGAUAUUCAAACAAAUCCAAGAGGAAGGUCAGCCAAGCUCAGAGCUGCUAUUAAGCUCUAAACCAAAAUAUAUGAUUACUUGAUUGUAUAGUUUCCUUAAAUUCUGUUUUCCAGAAUGCUAACUGGACAGAUAGGAUCAAACAGAAAAAAUAAAAUUAAGGCUGUUAGAAAGCAUUUCUUUCUUACCUUUGUGCUUGAUUAGGAAGUAGUAUAGAGCAUGAAAAUGCAAAAUAAAUGCAUAUAAGUGGAUGUCACUAAUUGUAUAAAGAAGACGUCUUUUUUUAAAAGAGCAUCAAACACCAAGUUUAUAAAAAUUGCAGGUUUGAUGUAUGUAUUUGGAGUAGUUGCUUUAGAUUAAUUUCAAAAUCCUGGCAUUAGCAGUCUAAAUUCAGUAGCUAAUUGAGAAAUAUUUUUAUGGGGGUGGAUUUCACACACCUAAUUCAGAUGUCUGGUUUAGUCUAGAGUAAGUUUAAACUAACCUAAGAAUUCUUGAUAUAUCUGUAUCUGUAUCCCAGCUGACUUGUUGCAUGAAUGCCUAUGGGACAAGAGCCAAUUCUUAAAGUGACAUCAGUAUUCCAUGUUCUAUCCAGGAAUUAGUAAAUGGACUCUUACCUUUUUUAAGAUAAGUAUUUAUGUCUGAGUGAUCACCUGGUUGUUUAAUGAUUAGCAAUUGUAAAUAAUAAAUGUAUCUUGGGGGAGAAAAGGGUUCUUAAAAAACCUCUGCUGGUGCUUGUACACUACAGUAAAGCAGUCAGAUUUGUACUUGAUCAUCUGAAUUUCUUCCUGCAACCAUAACUUCUGUGUAUAGAUCCACUACAACUUUUAGGUGUUGAUGGAAUUAUAAUUAACCCAUGAAAAUACAGUAUUGUGUGUCUUAUGAAGUAUUCUCCUUUGCUGGUGAUCGUUUAUUAAGAGGUAGGUAUUAUUUUAGGAAAGGCCCACUCUUAACACCAGCUCUCCGUUUGUGUGCUAUCCUAGGUUGUAGAACGUGUAACAUAAUUUCUUUUUUAGUUACUAUGAAUUAAAUUUAGUUUUGGAUUUAUAUUUUAUCUUAAAAGACCACUGGAUUUCUAAUUUUAUAGGCUACAAAUGGAAGGAAAAUAGUAUAAAUUUCAACUUCUUUGAACUCUGACUCAUCUCUUCAGGAAAAAGUCUUAAUUUAGAUAAUCAAAUUGGUACCAAGAUUUCAUUUGUGAUGUCUGAAACUUGGUUGGUAAAAUAAAAAAAAUGAAAUUUC